GAGCGGGCGGCGGCGGGCGCGGGUCGGGGCAGCAGGGGAGGAGCGGGGCGCGGCGGGAGCGUGCGGGGCGCGCGGGAGGGGGGCGGGCCCGGCGGCGUUAACCACUCCCCGGCCCGCCGGGCCAUGGCCGGGGCGGCCUGAGCGGGGCCGGGCCCCCAUGAGGUGCCGGUAGUGCCCCGUUCAGCCCGGAGCGAGCGCAGCCGAGCACAAGCCGCGAUGGCCGACGCGGCGCCCGCUGAGGAAGCGGGGCCGGAGCCCCAGUGCGAAGCGGAACCCCAGUGCGAAGCGGAGCCUCGCUCUGAGGCUCAGCCGGAGCCGCCGGCGCAGCCCGAGCCCGAGGCGCAGCCCGCGGAGGCGCCGGCGGAGGACGGCGAUGCGGGGCGGCUGCCGCCCCCCGGGGCGGAGGUGGAGGCGGGCGGCGCCGAGGGGCGGCCGGCGGCGGCUGCGGGCGGAGCGGCGCGUCCCGGCCUCGGCCCGCGGUACCGGGCCGUGGGGCGCGCCGAGGAGUGGCCCGGUAAGAAGAAGCACCGUCGGCGGCCGUCGAAGAAGAAGCGGCGCUGGAAGCCGUACUCGAAGCUGAGCUGGGAGGAGAAGCAGCAGUUCGACGAGCGGCAGAGCCUCCGCGCCUCCCGGCUGCGGGCCGAGAUGUUCGCCAAGGGGCAGCCCGUGGCCCCCUACAACACCACGCAGUUCCUCAUGGAGGACCACGACCAGGAGGAGCCCGACCUGAAGACCGGGCUGUACCCGCGGCGAGCGGCCGCCAAGUCGGACGACACGAGCGAGGAGGAUUUCCUGGAGGAGGCGGCGGACGAGGACGGGGGCAGCGACGGGAUGGGGGGGGACGGCAGCGAGUUUCUGCAGAGGGACUUCUCGGAGACCUACGAGCGGUACCAUGUGGAGAGCCUGCAGAACAUGAGCAAGCAGGAGCUGGUGAAGGAGUACCUGGAGCUGGAGAAGUGCCUGUCGCGCAUGGAGGAGGAGAACAACCGGCUGAGGAUGGAGAGCAAAAAAGCCGGCGGGGAAGCGGCGGACCCGGCGCGGGUGCAGGCGCUGGAGCGGGAGGUGGACAGGCUGCGAGCCGAGAACCUGCGGCUGCUGCGGGAGCAGGAGCUGCCCCGGCAGGAGAAGGGCCCCUGCAAGCCGGGGGAGUGACACUGGGCACGGGGGGGGCGCGGGGGGGUUUUUACAGUCCCGGGUGGAGCACACGGUCCUUGUACAGAGUCGCCGCGGACCCUUUUUGAGGGGCUGAAGCGCUGGGGGGGGGGAGGCGAGGGCUCCCCCUUUUUGAGGUGGCUGUGAUGGGGCGAGGGGGGGGGGGUUGAUGUAUUGGUGAUAUCUGGUUUUUGGGGUUAUUUUAUUUUAUUUUUUUUUGUGUCUAAACCAAAAGAGAAAAAAAAAGGAAAAAAAAUUCCCCAGGAAAGCUGUAAAUUGGCCAAAACUGACUAUAAAAAAUAUAGAGGUCUAAUAAAUUUAAUUACUUGUAA